AAAUGUUUAAAAGUGUUUUAAUAUCAACAGUAACUAAUUUUUGUAAAUACAAUACUAGUCUAAAAUGUAAAUACAAUGUGAAUAGGUUCACAAGAUUUCUACAUCAAACGGUUGUAUUUGAAAGUCCAAGAAAUGUAUCAAAAGACAAAUCCUUCCCCUCAGCUAUAUCUCGAAAAUAUGAAGUUCUUAAUGAAACAAAUUUACCCGUAAUAGAACAUACUGCAGAUGAAAUUCACAUGGAUGAAAAAUAUCCAAUUCUUAGCGAUGAGUUCGAUGGAAUUAAUCUUGAAAGAGGAAAAAAUGGAGUGUUUGAAAUUGAAGAUCUUGUUGAGUUAUUGCAGAGAGAGAAUUCCAAAAAUAUCUUUGUAGCUUCUGUACCAAAGGAAAUUAAUUACGUAGAAUACAUUUGUGUUGUUAGUGGCCGCAGUAAGAGGCAUAUAAAAGCAUUAGCAGAGUUUGUACGGAAGGUUUACAAGAAAAAAUGUUACAAAUCCGAUCACAUACCUAGGAUAGAAGGAAAAGAUUCUGAUGAAUGGAUGGCCUUAGAUUUAGGUAACAUAGCUCUUCAUAUAUUCUCAGAUAAAGCUCGAGAAGUUUAUGACUUGGAGACUCUUUGGGCAGUCGGUCCAGAGUAUGAUGAGAAAAUGAAACAGAAAAGUGAUGUUGUAGAUAUAUUUGAAAACUACAGUUCAUAUUUAAAAGAUCUAAAACCUCUAGAGUGAAAUUUAUUGAAUGUAGCUUUUUUAAUGAACAUUUUUAAGAUAGGUAAUGAGUAGAUUUUUAAGACAAAUCUAUAAUAAAACAUAAACAAUAUA